AACCAUAUCGUGGUAGAUAUAAUAAUUGUAAUAAAGUGUAUGUGAACAUUUUAUAUUCUUCGAACAUUGGAUGCUGCUAAAGCAUUAAUUUGUUACAGUUAAUUAAAAAAAAUAAAUUUAUAUCAAUAUACUUCUGCAAUCAACAUACUGUUUCGAAAUAUUGGUUGUGUUUUACAGAUCGAAAAUAAACAUUCCUUUUCUCCGACAUGAUGAUAUUUCUAAAACUAUUAUUAAGCGGAACUAUUAUUAGCGGAUUAAUAUUUAUCGCUGCGACGACUUCUGUUCGUAAUGAAUCUUUAUGCUAUCAACCACCAAAAUAUAUAAAACCAAUGCAUUAUGAUAUCAAACUCAUAUCAUAUAUCCAAAGAAAUAUUUUCUACGGAGAAUACAAUAUCAGCAUUCUUAACCAAACGCAACACAUAUAUUUAUCUUCAGUAAAACUAUGUAUUGAAAAUAUAGUUUUAUUUACAAAUUUAGAAAAACAUCAUAAGAAUGAUAAAGAUACAAUUUAUAAACCGACAUAUAAUAUUACAAAAGACACAAUUGAUAUUUUCUUUAUGAAUGAGUUAUCACCAGGAAAUUACACUUUAAAUAUAAAAUAUUUGGGUACUGCUGAUGAAGGCUUCAGAAUUUUCGACGUGAAAAAAAAAUAUGCGUGGGUAGGUGCUCCGCAUCUCCAGAUAAUAGACGCCCGACCAGUGUUUCCAUGUUGGCAUUCACGUGAUUUAUUGUUAAAAACAACCUUUAGCAUUUCUUUAGGAUGUCAGCAUUGCACAACUUUGUCAAAUAUGCCAUUGAGAAAGGCGGGAACAGAUGAGUACGAUGUGAAAUGGAAACACUUCCAUAUUACACCUGUAAUGUGGACUCAUCACGCAACAAUGAUUGUGUCUAAUUACUUAUCACAUCUUGAUAAUACAAUCAUUACAAUGUGGUGCAGAAUUGAUACUGUACGUCACAUGGAAUUUGCAAGUAAUGUAGCUAAAAAUAUCACGUUGCUUUUUAAAAAUACAUGGAAACGUUCGAAAAAUAUUUUGUACAUGACUCAUGUUGCAAUUCCAAAUUUCCAUGACAAAGGCACAACAGUUUUCGGACUUGUUCUUUAUAGGGAAACCGAUAUCAUCUACGAUAAAAAUGUAUAUCCUAUUGCUCAGAAAAUCGAAGUAGUUCAAUUAGUAGGACGUAAAGUGACACAAGAAUGGUUUUAUGAUGUGAUGAACAAUGCGUCAGGGUCGGAUUUUUGGUUUAAUAAAGGUCUUGCAACAUUGCUUGCAACAUAUGCUGUCAAUGAGCACCUUUUAUACUGCGUAUGAUGCAACAUGUCUUGACCGAAGAAAUAUUUUGGAAAAGCGUUCGCUUAUAUGUAAAUAGCACGAUAUUAUCGCGUGAACUAUGAUGAUGAGAAUUGGCAAAGAAUUUCGAAUUACCUAAACUCUGAUGAUUACACGAAAAUUCAUGUUCUUAAUCGUGCCCAAAUUAUCGAUGAUGCAUUUCAUUUAAUGAUAACAGGCCAACUCAAUUUCUCUAUAUUCUUGAAUCUCACAUCAUAUCUGCAUCAAGAAAAAGAUUAUAUAGCAUGGUAUCCUAUGUUCAAAGCUCUGGAAUACAUAUUUAGUACUUUUCCUGUAGCCAUGCUGGAAGAUGGUACUUGGAGUUUUAAGAAUUGCAUAAAGUUGGCAUUAAUCAAGGUACUUGAAAGAAUCAAAUAUGAAGAAAUGAUGAUACAGACCAACUUAGAAUAUGUUUACGACAAGAAGCUGCAAGAUGGGCAUGUUUUCUCGGUGACAUUACUUGUAAGAAAAUAGCCAACAUAAAAUUAAAACAACAUUGCGAACAACCUAAAACAUACAGACUUAUGCCAUGGUGAAAGGAAUGGACAUAUUGUAAAGGUUUGAUGAUAACUGCCGAAAAAGAGAAUACUUGGGAAAUUGUGUAUGUGAUAGGUUUGGAAAAAAAGACACUAAAUUUUUAGAAUA